UCCUUUUCCAGUUUUUAUUCGUAUUUCUUUCCAUGUUUAAGCAAUUGUUUCAAUUUUUUUUUUAACUCGAGGCAACAUUUGAUAGCUGGUACAGUCCAGGAAAAAAUGUUAAAAAUUAACUUCGAAAUUCUGCACGUGUUCAACGUUAUUCUGGUUGGUCUAUUUGGGAUCUUUUUAUUGACGAACUGACGACUCACAACUCAUUAAGAACUGAAGUCUAGAGAAGUCAAAUCUUCGGCUGAAGGGAUUGUCAAAAACAUGAAAGCUGCUUGCCUUACACUUCUACUUCACAUAAGCUGGUUUCUCAGCUCGGAUCAGGCGCUGCACAGUUUCGUGGUGGAGAGUAGUCGGAAGGAAUUCAUGGACAACAUCUACAGAGCUGUGGACGAGGAACUGCUCACUGAUUUGAAAGUUUUGUCACGUGGAAAAGCGGCUGAAAGUUUCAGAACUCUCUACGAAGAGCUGAAAGCGGCUAAAGAAUCAACUUCAAACGCGCAAUGUCAAUCUGACAAUAAAGAUGACUCUGAAGGUCAAUGCUCAGCAGAAGCAAAAAGUGAAAAGACUGAACAAACGACAGAUUACAAAAAAUCCAGUGCUGAUACGAAAGAAACAUCUGACAACGAUAAGGAAUUGAACAUAGGCGAAGGAACUAUAUCCGACGCUACAAACGUCAAUAAGGAAAAAAUAACUGCGGAGAAACAACUAGUGUUGUUUAUAAACAGUCCAGCAGACUUCAUGAUAGUUAGACAUCAAACUGAAGUGGAGGGUCUUCUGGAGGCCCUGAACUGUGACCUUUUAUUCCCGGCUGCCAAAAACCCGAACCAAAGAAAUUGCGCAGAUUGCCCCGCCUCCAAUGAAAACGAAGUUGGUGGAAAGGAGCUUGAGAGCAAAGGCAUCAUUCUCAGCACAAAAGCUAACGCUUACUCUCAAAUUCAAAUUGGCAGGUACUUAAUUAAAUCAAUCCAGGAUCGCAGACAGCACCAUGGCGCCAAUAAACAAACUCAACUAACUCAAAACUAG